AUGGCAGAGAAGAGAGAGGUUUUUCCACUCGAAAAACUUGCACAAGUCAUAACAAUGAAAAUAUUCCUAAAAAGAAUAAAAGCAAAUGGAUAUGGAAAUGCAACAGAACAACAAAAAGAAAUUUUUGAUUUAAUAAUCGAUCAAUUUGUAUCAUUAAAUGGAGAUAAGGAAGAUAUAUUUGGACUUUUAUGCGACUUAUAUCGAAAUCUAAUCACAAGAAUACAACGAUGCACACAGAUAAAACACCCACAAUUAAAUUAUUCCAAUAAAUUCAUAUUUAGCACAUUGCCCUGA